AUGGUAAGCGCAUGUAAUGUUCAUGGAAAAAUAUAUGGUAAAACUAACUAUGAGCAAUCUGUAUAUGUCUCUCCGUGUUUACAAGAAAGUGUAUCGGAUUAUUAUCCAUUGAGAGAGAUGAAAAGGGUACCUUCAUUUAUUAGCCUGACUUAUGAUGAACAUAAAGAAAAUAAAGUUGUGAAAAGAAUGUUCACAAAUACUCGAGAGCGAUGGAGACAAAAAAACGUUAACCACGCUUUUGGUGAAUUAAGGAAACUCUUGCCUACCUAUCCAUACGAUAAGAAACUGUCGAAAAACGAGAUACUAAGACUUGCAAUGAGAUACAUUCAGUUUCUGGACAAGCUGCUUCGUGACAUGGACACAAUGGACAGUAAAUAUUUGAGUAGCAGAUGGGAUAAUCAAUUUCCAUACAGUGCGCAUUAUGGUGUUGAAUAUACGCACUGUUCUCGUUUGGAAAAUGUAUUUAGUAGUUAG